AUGAGUGCAGCUGAAAUUAAUCAAUUAAAAGGAAUUUUGAGUGGCUCAUCUGCCACUGCUACCUCCUCCGAUGACCUCUUACGCCAGCAAGAAUCAGCGCUUAUUAGGCUCGGUGAAAUCUACAGGGAUCAGCAGAACUCCGCGGAGCUUAGCGGCGUUAUUAACUCAUCCAGAUCGUUCAUGUCUUCCACCGCCAAAGCUAAAACUGCGAAACUGAUACGCACUCUCAUCGAUUUCUUCGACCAAAUUGAAAAUAGCAGACAGGCACAGCUUAAUUGCCUCGUUGACAAUAUCACCUGGGCUAAAUCUGAGAAGAGAGUCUUCCUCCGCCAGUCCCUCGAGAUCAGAUUGGCUGGAUUGUACUACGAAUCCAAAGAAUAUAAGGCUGCGCUUGAUUUACUUGAUGGCCUCCUUAAAGAGCUCAAGAAGCUUGAUGACAAGAUUAUUCUCACCCAGGUUCACAAUUUGGAGUCAAAGAUAUACUACAGCACCGCGAACUAUGUAAAGUCAAAAGCUGCGCUCACCUCAGCUAGAACUGCCGGAAACGCUAUUUACUGCCCUCCUAUCUUACAGGCUCAGCUUGACUUACAGUCUGGUAUCCUUCACGCCAACGACAGAGAUUGGAAGACUGCUUUCUCGUACUUUUUCGAGACUCUUGAGGCUUUUUCUUCUCAGGACGAUGAUAGAGCUGUUAGCGCACUCAAGUAUAUGCUUUUGUGUAAAAUUAUGCUCAACUUGUCCGACGACGUCGACUCCAUCAUACAGAACAAAAUGUCUCAGCGUUACGCAGGCGCAAACGUUGAAGCUAUGAAGGCAGUCGCACAGGCGCACAAGAAGAGAUCAUUGACAGACUUUGAGAAGGCUUUGAAGGACUACAAGCAGGAACUAUCAGCUGAUCCAAUCAUCAAGUCACACUUGAGCAGUCUCUACGACACUCUUCUCGAAAGCAACCUCCUCAAAAUCAUCGAACCCUACAGUAGAGUCGAGAUUGAUUAUAUGGCUUCUCUCCUCUCACAGCCAGUCAACGCGAUUGAGGGGAAGCUUUCACAGAUGAUUCUCGAUAAGGUCUUCUAUGGUAUUAUAGAUCAGGGUAACAACUGCCUCAUUGUUUUCGAUCCGCCUCACCAAGAUCACCUCUACGACGCUACUUUGAAAACUCUCGGUAAUGUCGGUCAGGUGGUUAAUGGAUUGUUUGAAAAGACGGCAAGCUUGCAGUCAGUGUAA